CCUACCUUAAUUGGUCAAUGUCCGGUGCUGAUGAGGUGUCUGCCGUGGAAGGGGCCUCCGCUGUGUUGCCGUGUACAUUCACCCACCCAGGCAUUGAUCACAACCUCAGCGGCUCCGUGCUGUGGUACAAGAGGACAUCAUUGAAUCCCAGCAUUGCGUUUAACUGCACAUUUGCCGGUCCCGGCCGCUCCCAAUGCGACGAAGUGACACAGGAGGCCGGAGGGAGUCGUUUCAGAUUCGUGGGGAACCUCAGAGAGGGAGAUGCCUCAAUAAUGAUGGAGCGACUGAGAUGGGAGGACUGGGAUAUCUACCGGUGCCGCCUGGAGCUCAGUGUUGGGAAUUUUCAAUCUGUGAUUCCAACGCAGCUGACGGUGGAAGAUCUCGACGGGGAUGUCUCAGUGGUAACUGAGACUGAAGGGGGUUCGGCCACGUUACCAUGUGUGUAUCGGCAAUCCCUGAAUCACCGCAGCGCCCUCACGGUCACAUGGAUGAGGAAGGAUCCCUACCGACACAUCGUCACGUUCAGACACCAAGCUGAUGGAUCCUGGGCGGCGGAGAACGGAGCAACUCGGUUCGAGCUGGUCGGAAACCCAGAGCGGGAAAACGCCUCAACCAGGAUAAACCAGCUGAGUGUGGAGGACAGUGACGGCUACCUGUGUCUGGUGGAGUUCAGCAAAGAGAAAAACUACGAUCCGAUAAAAUACAUCGACGAAAAGUUGAGGAGCAGCGUACACCCCCCGUACACCCAUCAGUACCAGCGUGAGGUCCAGCUCCGGGUGCGGAUCACAUCCGUCACACAGAGUUACAAGGUUCUGAUCCUGUGGAUCCCUCUCGGAUUGAAAACCAUUUUCCUUUCAUUGAUGUGUGUUAUCUUCUACUAUGACAAACUCAGCAAGAGUGGAGACUGAUCCAUCCGAGGAAGCUGAGCAGACCAGUGUUCCGACUGCAAUAUAACCUGCCUCGCAAUGAAGUCCGCCGAUCCCACCUGCUUUUGCCGUCUGGCUGAUUUUGUCGACCUUUGGUUGUCAAUCAUAUUAAUUCUCCGACUCGCUUUAAUCUUUGUGUAAUAUAAUAAAAUGCAGUACUUCUAGUUCAAAGGAGAGGUUUGAACUCCGAGAGGGUUUGAUAUCUGGAUUAUGAUAGUAAACAAAGUGGUGAAAAUGAGAUACACCAACAUGUACAAUAGACGUUUAGACGCAUGAACAGGCUCUUAAUUAGGAAAUAGUUGGAAGGAUAGACAAAGUGCUGCAAAUUCCCAGUUGGUUAGAAGGGGACCGGGCACGAAGCGUCACCUAUCCGUGUCCUACAGAGUUGCUGCCUGACCCACUGAGUUACGCAAGCACAUCGUGUCUAUCUUUGGUAAACACCGGCAUCAGCAGUUCCCUCUUAUUACAAGUCGGAAGGAUAUGGAUCUAAUUGGGACCAACGGGAUGCAUGUACAGAGACAAAGAUGUUCAUAUCGACAUGUGUGUCCGAAGGCCCAAUUUCUUCACUGUACAAUUCUCUGACACGUUGACUCCAGAAGCAUGUCCAAACCUCCCUGCUGUGGCAACCCCUGGAGCCUGACUAAUUUAUUUCUAGUCCCUUUCUUCGUAGUGCUCAGCUUAUAAAUCGCAAAUGAUGCAUUUAACACGUAGUGAAGACAAUCUUAUUAUUUAUGCAGUUUGCUUAAUUUAAAAUAUUAACAACCUUCGAAGUAAAUUUUAAUGGAAGUGCGAUAAAUCGAAAAUGCUAAUUAAAUUCACUUAUACAAUACAUAACUUUAAUCUUGAAUUCAAUAUGCUUCGUAUAUGUAUAAAUCUCUUAAUAUAUUUGAAUGGGAGAGCAACAUGGAACGUGUAAAGUGGUCAUUAAAUUCAGCUAUACAAUAA